CUACAGGGUGGGCUUGAAGUCCGCAUCACCGCUGAACAGUAUCACGCCAUGCACAUCAGGCUCGACGGCCGCCUGCGUCAGGAACGAGGCGAUCAGCGGGUCGGCUCCCUUCUGCACGAGGUGGCACAGAUUCGCCUUACAGCCGUAGCACUUGACUCUCUUCGGCUUGAGGCCAAUCUGCUUGACUUCGAGGUUGAAGUGUGCCCUCUGGCUUGACAAGUCCCAAUGAAGCCAUGCCAGCUUGUUCCUAUCGUUUUCCGCUCGCUGAAGCUGACGCUCGAGUGCGGCGCCGGUAUAGCGGCUGGGGAGGGACCACGCCGUGUCGUCCAGAUGUCUCUUGGGAUCCACAUUGACGAAGAUGAUGUGGCCGUCCACCAGCUGAAUCGGGUGAUCGGUCUUGGCUGCGAAGUCGGUGAUCAUGCCGAGGACGAGGCCUUCGAACUCUGAAUGGUGAGGAUUGACCUUCCUUGUCUGCCGCUGCUUCUUCUCAUACUUGUACCAGCCCUGGAUAAAGUUGGCGCCGUCCACGAUGAGCGCACAGCGAAGUACACGCUGAGGAAACAGAAGCGCACACACGCAUAUUCAGCCUCACAGCGCACUAGCGCCACUGCCAUGGCCUUACUUGCUGUGACGAGCGGUGUGCUGAGGACCUGGCCAUCGUCAAAACGACCUGAAGGAGAAAAGAUUGUGUACGCGGUGUUUCAAAGGCUCCCGGAGAGGUGCAAAGGCUCCCGGCUCAAAGUUCUCCGGAGAGGCAUGGGCUCAGUAGACCGCAAGUUGUAUGCAUG